AUGGAAAAAGGAAAGGCCGCAAUGGAACAAGCAAAGAUCCCCAAAGAUGACACAGUUGCCCGGGUGUUCAAGAUAGUCCCAGGCUGCUACUCUGAGCAAUACAAUGGUCUUGUACCGAGUAACCUAGACGCCGAUUGGGACGCAUGGUACUUUUGGUGCCCGCUGCCCGAAGGCGAGUACUAUGCCAAAGAGCUCCUCAACAUGAUGCUUAUUAUGAUGGAUACAGAUGAGUGCUAUGUCAUGAACGCGAGGAUGGACAAGAACCCCGAUUUCAACUCGGGAAUUUAUUGGAUCACUGACGUCGUCGAGGAGGAAUGGGACGGACCUCUUGGUGUCAUGAAGCAGGUUCGAAAAGAGAUCAAGACGGUCCUGAAAGAGAACCGCUUCCCUGAGGACGAGAAACGUCGUAUCAAUCCGGAGGCAUAUGACGCGGCCAACAAGGCCCGUUCUACCAGUCCUAACAACUCGGGCAAUGCAACUCCAGCUGACAGAAAGCCCAGUCCUCCACAGCAAACUUCUCAUCAAGCUCCUCAGAAGGUCCCUCAGCGGUCUUCUCAGCAGGCUCUUCGGCGUCCCAGUAGGCCGUCUAAGGCCAUUCCCAUCGUGAAUCCAAACACUGUUUGUAAGGGACCCGGAGGUGAUCGUGAGAAGGUUGAUUCCUCGAGCCCCAAAGACGUCACUAAGGAUACCCCCCAAAGCACUGGUACUCAGACACCCUCUUCCACCGCUCCACGGCGUCCCUCAAAGACCGUGCCGGUUGCCAAUCCCACGAGUGCUCCUGCCGAGCCUUCUACUAGCGUUCCACCUCCAGCUCCUGCUAUGGUGCCCGCUCCCGCUCCCGCUAGCCAGACCUACUAUGCUCCGGCUGCCAUCGCAGCCCUGUUCCGGUGCACCCUGUAGCAGGGCCUAUCCCUGCUUUCACCGCGGCUCCUAUGCAUGCUCACCCUAUGGCGAGUGUUCCUCCCCAUCCAUACCCCAGCAUGCCCACUCAUGGACCGGUCUACUUCCCUUGUCCUCCGUACCCAGGUGGCAGUUAUGGCCCUCAGUACAAUCCCGUCCCAUACGGUGAUCCUAGGGCUUACAACCAGCCCCCUAUGGUUGUUGAUCCCAGAGCUGCUCCGGUCCCUCAACCUCAUGGCUUUGUUCAGCCUCGCAGAACCAUCUAUAACACUC